AUGUUUUUGGCGAUUUCGGCCGUUUCAGGAAAACCUGGAAAAAUUCGCGAUGACGACGACCCAAAUCCGCUUCACAUUAAGCUGGUCUACUACAAGGAUUACACCAUUCGGGCCCAGAUCCAGCUUGGAACUCCAGGCCAAACCCUGAACCUUAUGCUCGAUACGACUUUUGCCGAUACCAUCGUCAUCAGCCCCAAAUGCCUGACAUGGGAUAAUUCGACUUGUAGCACCAAUCCGGCGCUGAACUAUACCCGGACGACCUUCGAUGGCAGCGCCUCUUCUACGUUCAAAAAUUUGGGAAUAAAUGCCGCGAAGCGUGGUGACAAUUUUCAAGCUGACUACACGGCCUCUGCGGAUGCGUUCAGUAUUGCCGAUUUUCAGAGCAACAUCAUGUUCGGAUCGGCUUAUUAUAUGCCAAGCAGCAAUGACGAUUCGAUGGCCGACGGAAUUCUGGGCCUCGGAAUCGCCGGAAUUCUCGGAAAAUCGAUCUUCGCCAAUUUGAGCAGCACCUACCCGUCGAUGACCAACACGCCGAGCCUAGUUUCUUAUUGGCUAAACGAUUUCGAGCAGCCCAACGGAAAGGGCUACUUGACCCUGGGAGACUACGACGAUCGAAACUGCCAGAAUGACAACCUCACCACCAUUACCUUGACGUCGGGGCAGAAUUGGGAGUUCCGAUUGAAUGGUUGGAAACACGGAAACCGUGGAGAAACAAAGAACUUGAUCGCUCGGGUCGACUCUACGUCUCGUUACAAUUUGGUACCACAGGCCACCCUGACGGCUAUCGGCACAGCAGCAAAUGCUACCUUUGACUCGGGUGUUGGAAGUUACUUCCUCCCCUGCGAGAAAACCACCUUCCUCCCGGAUUUCCAAUUCACCAUCGGAACUCAAAAUUAUGGCAUUAAAUAUCUGGAAUAUGUCGACUCGUAUAUGGGAACCGACCGCUGUGAGAUACUCUUCCAGACAAAUAGCGUCUGGGAGCAAACCCGUACCGGACCGCAGGUCGUCCUCGGUCACCCUUGGCAGCGCGCCUAUUGCCACAUGUUUGAUGUGCAAAAGCUGACGCUGCAAAUUUCCAAAGCAAAUCACUAUCAA